CCCUCUAAUUCUCUCUCCUUAAACCCAAUUCACACCUGAAUUUUCUCUCUCUAAACCUUCCUAUAUCACUGCAUAUAUUUGCUCAACCAAUCAGAUUUUGUGUACAGAACUCACUAAAAAAGAAAACAUGAGGGGAGUGAAAGGUAAGUUACUGAAGAAGUUGAAAUCGAUUCGACCAAUUGGGUAUCUGAAGCCAGAUCGAGUCCUUCAGGUGAGUGCCUCAGAUGGUUUUGUCCAUUCUUCGUCGAUGGAAUCUAAUUUCAAUGUUCAGUCCCAGUUGGUGAUUGAAGAAGAAGAGCCAAAGAAACUCCAUCAGAGCAGCUUCAAAGUGCAAGAACCGGAGGUUAUCGAUGUAUUGGAGCUAAUGAGAGACCUUGAAGACGAAGAAAUGGAGUUCGACGACCACGACAAAGAGAACACUAGGCCAAAGACUAAUAUGCCAAAUGUCAAAAUCCCAGUUGAUUCAAAGAAUGAUUCAGCAAAUUCAAGCUCAUUGAAGGAAAAUUCAGAAGCCUCUAGAUUGUCAGACUCUCGAGCCGGUGAAAAUAAACAAACCCCUUUAUCGGAGAUCGACGUGUCAUCUUUCCGGCGGCCGGUCUUGAAUUCCGGCAGCCUUUUCGACCCGAACCUACUGGCUGCAUUUGAGCAGGCAGUUAGGGAGAUUAGGGCUUUGGAAGCAGAGAGGAGAGCCAUAAAAGAGAAACAAAUUCAAGAAAGUAUGGAAGAAGGGCCGCCUCUAAAAGCUCGUCGAAUAGACGAUGACACAGAAGGUCAUUACCCAGUGUGGGACCCGUUAAUCGAGGAGGAGGAGGAGACUUCUCCCAACCCUCUAUUAGAUUUCGAGGAGAAGUGUCCUCCCGGUGGUAGCGACUUAGUAAUUCUUUACACGACCGGCCUCCGAGGGAUUCGGAAGACGUUCGAGGACUGUCACGGCAUUAGGUUUCUGUUAGAGAGCUUUCGAGUAUUGUUUUAUGAAAGAGAUGUGUCUAUGCACUUGGAAUUCAGAGAAGAGCUGUGGAGGACCUUGGGCGAAAAAGUAGUCCCUCCAAGGCUUUUCAUUAAGGGGAGGUACAUUGGGGGAGCUGAAGAGGUACUGACUUUACAUGAGCAGGGGAGGCUCCGGCCGCUCUUCGAAGCCGUCCCGAUCGACCGGUCCGACGGCCCAUGUGACGGCUGUGCCGGGGUCCGGUUUAUUAUGUGUUUCAACUGCAAUGGUAGCCAAAAAUUGGGUCCAAAUGAUGAUGGGGUGUGUGAGAAGUGCCCAGACUGUAAUGAGAAUGGGUUGGUUAUAUGUCCAUUUUGCUGCUGAAAUGGCAUUAUUUAUAUGAUUAUUCACCCUAUGGUUUGUUAUUGCUCUUCAAUUUGUAUGUUUUGGGGGUGAUUUCAUUAUUACUGAUGAUAUUCUUUGAUUUAUUUUGGUGAUGUUUUAUAAUGGUUUGUGGAGAAAAGAUUAGGCUUUUUUUCACAUUCACUAUGUGUAAAAUUUAAAAGAAUAAGUUGAACUUGCUUUGAGGAGCUUUGUGAGCCCUCUUUGGUUUGGUAAAUGCAUUGC